AUGCAGUCCAUCGGCCGUUACUUGAGUUUCAGCGCCAACCGGGGCCCGCAGGACGGCGAGGGCGCGGAGGCCGGCGAGGAGCAGUCAGACGUGGCUCCGCCGCGUGCCGUUGCGGAUGACGGCGAUAACAGUAGCUCGGAUGCGGGCGAGGGAGGAGAAGCGGCUCCAGACGCGUCUGAGAAGGAUCAGGACGGCGGUUCGAUCCGUGCUCCGUUGAGCGCCGAGGGGGACACAGAUGGUUCCGACGAUUCUGACGAUGACGAUAACGAGUCGUUUGAUAGCGCGAACGAGCGUGCUGAGGGGUCGGUGGGCAGUUUUGGAACAUCCCCAGCGGCGGAGGAUUUCAUGAUUCCCAAGGCAAAGGUAACAGGGGACUCGGAAGAUUUUUCGGUGCCUGUUGUGAGUGCGGAGAUGGAUGCUGACGGGGAGGCUGAGGUUUUUGAAGAAGGAGAAGAGGAGGUUACUAGCACUAGUGCAGCAGCCGAAGUGGAGAGCGACAUUCAGGCGCGGCUGCAACAAGCCAUCGCGGAUGCGAGUCGCGUGGAUGUGGAGGACGUGGAUGAUGACGACAGUGACGACAGCGAGGCGGAGGAGUGGGUGGAUGGGGAGGAGGAGGACGACGACGAGGACGACGAGGAAGGCGCGGGGGUGUCUGCCUCUCUGGAUGCCCUCGUGAGGGACAUGGAAGCUGUGGUGCAGGGGGCGGCGGGCGGCAGCGCGGCUGGCGGGAUCAACCUCCCCCCGCGUAUGUCUGCCCCUCGCGGGCUCAACGGCUCGCUCGACCUCCCAGCUCGCCCGCAGUCCUCCACCCGAUCCGCCGACUCUGGCUCGGAAGGCUCCGCAGGAGUUGACUCGGUGGCUCGGCAGGCCGCGGCUGUGCUUGCGCGGCAGGGCAUGACAGGCGCUAUGGGCGACCCCUCUGCUGCGGGGGCAGCGCCAGAUGCCCCGCUCAAUCCGCGCGCGGAGAAGGUGAACUCUGUGCGCGUGAAGCUGCUGCGCCUGGCUGCGCGGCUGGGGCAGUCGCACAGCAACGUGGUGGUGGCGCAGGUGCUCUACCGCCUGGAGCUCGCGGAGAAGUUCCAGGAGACCUCCUCGCGCGCGGGCAGCGGCGGCGUGCGCAUCAUUGGCGGCGCCAUGGGCAGCGCCAUGCGCCUCGACCGCGCGCGCGAGCGCGCAGCUGAGCUGGAUGCGACGGAAGGCGCGGACUCGGACCUAGACUUCGGGCUGACGGUCAUGGUGGUGGGCAAGACGGGCGUCGGUAAAACCGCCACCAUUCACUCGCUCCUCGGCACCACCCCCCCUGCGGAUGCCGCUCCUGCGGAGCUGCCCGCGACAACGCGCGUGCGCGAGGUGACGGGGCGCGUGCACGGCGUGAACGUGAAGGUGGUGGACGUGCCGGGGCUGCACCCGUCCGUGGCGGACAUGCGGCGCAACCAGAAGAUCCUGCGCUCCGCCAAGCGGUACCUGCGCGGCAAGCAGCCCGACAUCGUGCUGUACGUUGACCGCCUGGACGUGCAGGCGCGCGAUUACGGCGACAUGGAACUCGUGCGCCCUAUUAGCGACACGUUCGGCCCUGCUGUCUGGAUGAACACGAUUGUUGUGCUCACGCACGCGUCCUCCGCGCCUCCUGAGGACAGCAGCGGGCGCCCCAUGAGCUACGAGAUGUACGUGGCGCAGCGGUCGCACGUGGUGCAGCAGACGAUCCGCCAGGCGUCGGGCGACAUGCGGCUGCUGAACCCCGUGGCGCUGGCGGAGAACCACCCCGCCUGCCGCACCAACCGCACGGGCGACCGCGUGCUGCCCAACGGCCAGGUGUGGCGCCCGCAGCUGCUGCUGCUCUGCUUCGCCUCCAAGUGCCUUUCUGAGGCCAACUCCGUGCUUGAAAUCGGCGGCCCUGCGUCCGCGCGCGCCCAGCGCGGCCGCUCGCGCAUGCCGCCGCUGCCGUACCUGCUGUCGUCGCUGCUGGGCCCGAGGCAGCCGCUGCGGCUGCCGGAGGAGCAGCAGAUGGGCGACGACGACGAGUACGACGAGAGCAGCGACAGCGAGGGCGAGGACGACGAGGUGGACUUUGACGCGCUGCCGCCCUUCCGCCGCCUCACCAAGGCGGAGCUGCAGCAGCUGGAGCCCGCGCAGCGGCGGGAGUACUACGAGGAGCUCGCGGACAGGGAGCGGCUCUUCCAGAAGAAGCAGUGGAGGGAGGAGCUGAGGAGACGCAGGGAGCUGAGGCGGAAGCUGGAGGCGGGCGAGGACGUGGAGGAGGAGGGCGCAGAGAAGGCCAAGGGGGCGGAGGGCGAGGAGGGCGCGGAGGAGGACGCGGGCCCCAGCAACGUGCCCGUGCCCAUGCCCGACCUGGACCUGCCGCCCUCGUUCGACAGCGACCAGCCCAGCCACCGCUACCGCUACAUCGAGACUGCCAACCAGUGGUUGGUGCGGCCCAUGUUGGAGCAGCACGGGUGGGACCACGACACGGGGUACGACGGUUUCCAAAUGGAGAAGGCCUUCGCCAUCCGCGACAAGAUCCCCGCCUCCGUCUCCGGCCAGAUCACCAAGGACAAGAAGGACUGCACGGUGGCACUGGAGGCAGCAGCGUCCAUGCGGCACGGCACGUCGUUCCUGCACGCGCCCGUCACCACGGCGGGGUUAGACGUGCAGUCCGUGGGCAGCAGCCUUGCGUACACGCUGCGCUCCGAGAUCCGCUUCCGCACGUUCCCACACAACCGCACCACCGCUGGCAUCUCCUUCACCACCUACGAUGGCAGUGGCCUCACCACUGGCCUCAAGGUGGAGGACCGGUUGCUGGUGGGCAAGAGCGUGAGUCUCAAUGCCGCAGCAGGCUUUGUGCGUUGCGGGCGCCUCAUGGCUAGGGGGGCUAACUGCGAGGUGCAGGUGCGGCAUCCCGACCAUCCACUGGAUCGCACCAUGGGAGUGCUCGGGCUUACCCUCAUGGACUGGCAGGGCGAUCUAGUGGUGGGAGCGAACGUGCAGGCGCAGGCCACUGCAGGCAAGACGAAUCUGCUGUUCCGAGCGAAUGUGAACAACCGUGCAGCGGGCACCAUCUCCCUGCGAGCCACGUCCAACGAGCAGCUGCAGAUGGCGCUCAUCGGCCUCGUGCCGCUGCUGCGCUACUUCCUUGCAGGUGGCUUCUUGUUUGGCAACAAGGGCGAUGAGAUGGUGGACGAGGCUUAG